AGUUUUUUUUUCCUUUUCUUUACUCUGUUUCUCUUACGAAGUUAGGUUUACUUUACUUUGUUCUUUUUCCAUUUUACCCAAGAAUGGUGUCGGAUUCCGUGUUGGUUGACCGGCUCCGGGAAAUACUCCGAGUUUCCGACCUUGAAAUUGCCACCGCCGGCACCGUUCGUCGGAGGCUUGAGGAGGAACUUGGGGUCGAUUUACUUGACAGGAAAGCAUUUAUCAGGGAUCAAAUCGACCUUUUCCUUCGAAUUCAGGUUGAAGAAACUCCAAAGAACGACGUACACGAAGCAGAGAAUGGGAAGGAAGGUGAAAAUGAUGAUUCUUGCUCCCAAGAAGAACAAGAGGAAGAACAAGUGAAGGAAGAUGAAAAUGGUGAUUCUUGCUCCCAAGAAGAAGAGGUGGGUGAGGAUAAGAGUGCCACAAGGUCAAAGAAGAAAGCACGGUCUGAGAAAAUGAAUGGAGAAGCAAAGAAAAAAGGGGGAUUUAACAAACCAUGUGCACUUUCUCCACAGCUUCAGAAAUUGGUUGGCGAGCCAGAACUUGGCAGACCAGAGGUCGUCAAGAAGAUUUGGGCCUAUAUCCGGGAAAAGAAUUUACAAAACCCAGAGAACAAGCGGAAAAUUUUAUGUGAUGAAGUUUUGAGUGGAAUUUUUCAGGUCAAAAGUAUAGACAUGUUCCAGAUGAACAAGGUGCUAUCCAAGCACAUUUGGCCCUUAAAUGAGGAAAAUGGCACUCAAGUCAAAACUUCUGUGAAGAGAAGGCUACCGAAAAAAGGCAGAGUAGAAGCUUUAGAUGAGCCAAAGCAGAAAGAGAAAAGGCAGAAAGGUGGAGGAUCUGGUUUUCUUGCUCCAGUUCAAUUAUCAGAUGCUCUUGUGAAAUUCUUAGGUAUUGGUGAAAAUGCAUUGCCGCGAGCUGAUGUUAUUAAGCGAAUAUGGCAAUAUAUAAAAGAAAAUGAGCUGCAGGAUCCAUCUGAUAAGAAGACAAUCAUCUGCGAUGAAAGGUUAAAAGAACUAUUUCAAGUUGAUUCCUUCCAUGGCUUCACAGUUACAAAGCUAUUGACUGCUCAUUUUAUCAAAAGAGAAGACUGAUAUUGUGGCUUGCUUGCAAUUGGCAAUGAGGGUAAUUUAUCUUCUAUCUGGCCCUGUUAGU